GAUAAAAUGGAUUUCAGUUCAAGGAAUAAUAUUCAAGGUUGGGUGUGUUUUGUGGAUUGGUCAUGACGAUGAAGAAACUCCAUGCUUUGUGGUCCUGAAGGAGAUAUGCAUAAUUGAGAGGAACUUGGAGAAGAUAUUGCUCAUUACUGACGUACUGUGCACAGUGUUAUUUAAUGGCCAUUUAAAUGCAUAUGAG